AUGUUCAUUGUUGAUAAAACGCCUAAUACUCACACAUAAUCACAACCAGAUCUAUUAGAAUAUCAAAAUUCCUUUAAUCAAGAGGAUCCACGUAGGAAUUAGAGUGUUACACUUUAUGAUAGACUCAAAAAGGUUAAUUCUAAUAAAGAUCAAAAAAAAUAAUUAUCAUAAUAAUUAUCAAAUUUAUCCUUAACUAAAACUACUUAUAAUAGUUUUAAGACCCUUUACCAAUUUACACAAAAAACUAUAACAUAAAUUAAAUCAAAAUAGGAAUUAACUUUAAGCUAAAAUUUUGUCUCUUCAAUGAAAGAAUCAAAUUAGUUUAUGUAUAAAGUGGCCGAAAAAAUGUCCUCAUUUAUCAAAACCAAUAAAUUAGCUGUUGUACCUCCUUAAAAAAUAAUUGGUAACUGGGUUUACUAAUUAAAAACGAAAUGUUUGAAAAAGAAAACACCUUAAAAUUCUCAAUAUCCAAACCACAACACUGGAUUUAGAGAUGAGGAUGAUGAUCUUAUUAUAAUAUGA